AUGGAGACUCAACCAGACAAGAACAAGUACAACAAUGGUGAAGACAAAACAGUAACAACAAUAAAAACCCUACGUUCUCAACUAGAAUCAAGAAUAGAAACCCAACACAAAACCCAACUUGACUUGUUAGCUUCUCUUCAAGAUUUAGUACCCAACAUUGUUUCCUCUCUUGACUUGUCUUUACAAAUUGUCUCUUCUUUCAAUAACAAACCCUUCACCCCAACGCCGCCAUUACCAGCUCCAAUAGCAAGAGCCCACCUUGAAAUUGGAUCAAAUUUAAGGAAUCCUAAUGAUCCACAAGCUAAGUUUGACUCAAGACCUGAAAUUUUGGGCGAAAGUUCGAAACUUGAGAGAAAAGAUGGAAACUUUGACACCGAUGAGGAUGAGAGUGGAAGUCCGUUGGCUGUUGUGAGAGUAAUGGUAGCUGAAUGUUUGCUUCAAAGAGUGCCUUUUAAUCCAAUUGAUUCGUCAACUGUUUUGAGGAAGUUGGAGAAUGAUCAGAAUGCCACCGAAGCGGAGAAGGCGGCUAUUAGGGAGGUUGGAGGUGAGUCUGGAGCGAUUCUGGCGGUGGAAAUGGCUUUGAGAUCAAUGGCAGAAGAGAAUCGUGGGAUUGAGCUUGAGGAGUUUGUGGUAAGUGGUAAGUCUAGAGUUAUGGUAUUGAAUAUUGAUCGAAAUAGGUUAGUGAAAGAAUUGCCUGAAAGUGCACAAUAUAUACAGAAUUUGGAAUUGUCGAAUUCUAGUGAAUUUAACCAGAAUCAGAGUAAUGGGGUUGUUAAUAACGCUAAUAAUAAUGGGGGGGUUGAUGUGAAUGGCAAUGGAAUUUAUGGGAUUGGAGGGCUGGUUUCGGCGCAGAGGCCAAUGAUGGGGGAUAUGUGGAUGGGUGGUGGUGGGGAUAUGUGGCCGAGGGGAGGGAUGGUGGGGCCUAGAGGUAUGAUGAUGGGGCCGAGAGGGAUGAUGCAGAGGCCGCCAGUGCCUUUGCCAAUGCAAUCGCAGCAGCAGAAGCAAAGGAGUGAGGAGGAUGAAAUGAAGGAUUUGGAGGCUUUGCUGAACAAGAAGUCGUUUAGGGAAAUGCAAAAAUCGAAGACCGGAGAGGAGCUUUUGGACCUCAUUCAUCGGCCAACUGCGAAGGAAACUGCUGUGGCUGCUAAGUUCAAAACCAAAGGUGGUUCUCAGCUAAAGGAGUACUGUUCAGCCCUAACAAAAGAGGAUUGUAGACGUCAGUGUAGUUCCUUUAUUGCAUGCGAGAAGGUUCAUUUCCGUCGAAUUAUUGCUCCACAUACUGAUGUAAGUCAAGGGGACUGUUCAUUCCUAGACACUUGCCGCCACAUGAAGACUUGCAAGUAUGUUCAUUAUGAGCUUGACCCAACACCUGACGUGUCUCCUAUGGCAAUGGGUGCUGCAGCACUUCCUCCUCCCAAAGCUUUAAAGCCCCAGCGUGCUGAAUAUUGUUCAGAAGUAGAACUUGGUGAACCACAAUGGAUUAAUUGUGAUAUUCGUAAUUUUAAGAUGGAGAUUUUAGGUCAAUUUGGUGUUAUUAUGGCUGAUCCGCCAUGGGAUAUUCAUAUGGAACUGCCUUAUGGGACAAUGGCUGAUGAUGAAAUGCGCAAUCUGAAUGUCCCUGUGUUGCAAACUGAUGGCCUAAUUUUUCUUUGGGUUACUGGACGUGCUAUGGAGCUUGGACGUGAAUGUUUAGAACUUUGGGGUUACAAGCGUGUUGAAGAGAUUAUUUGGGUAAAGACCAAUCAACUUCAGCGAAUAAUUAGAACAGGCAGAACAGGUCAUUGGCUUAACCACAGCAAGGAGCAUUGCCUUGUUGGAAUAAAGGGAAAUCCAGAAGUAAACAGGAAUAUUGACACUGAUGUCAUAGUUGCUGAGGUUCGAGAAACGAGUCGGAAGCCAGAUGAGAUGUACCCUCUGCUGGAGAGGAUAAGUCCCAGGACAAGGAAGCUGGAAUUGUUUGCCCGCAUGCACAACACUCAAGCAGGGUGGAUGUCCCUUGGUAACCAGUUGGAUGGAGUGCGGUUGGUUGAUGAGGGUCUGCGAGCAAGGUUUAAGGCUGCCUACCCAGAUGUUGUGGUGCAACCCCCUCUCCUCCCCGAGCUUCUGCAAUGGAAAUAG